AUGGCAUACCGCUCGUCUCAACAUGAAGCUACUGGUUACACUCCUAGUGAGCUGAUGAUUGGUAGGCAGAUGAUACUUCCAGUGGAUCUGCUGAUUGGAAGCUCUGGGACUCCAGAAUCUAGUUACCCUGAGUUCACAGAGCAACUCCAGGACCGCAUGAAUUACACCCACCAGUUGACAAGAGAGCGCUUGAGGGUUAACACAGACCGGAACAAGCGUACUUACGACACUCACAAGGCAGGGGAAGGUCAUCAACAGGGAGAUGCGGUGUGGCUUCACACUAAAAGGCGGAAGAAAGGAAUUUCUCCCAAGCUACAGAGGAGUUGGACCGGUCCAUUCUUUGUCAUUGAUGCUCUCAGUGAUGUGACCUAUCGGAUUCAGGAAACGUCUAAAUCAAAGCCAAAGGUUGUUCAUUUCAACCGCUUAAAGAUGUAUGUUGGAGCCCCCGUGCCGAACUGGGCUUUGAAGAAGAUCGAUGACAAGUCUUUAUCUUCAGCCACAGUCGACGCAUCCCCAGAGGAACACCCGCAGACACAGCAAGAUCCUCAAUCACAGGAAGAAAGUUCUGUGGAAACUGGAGCUAGAGUAGACAUUUCUAGCAAAGAGCAUGACUGUCCAACAGAUACAGAUCGUACUGCAGAGAUAGGAACAGGAAGGAAGAAGCGACUCUCCUCAGAAGUGGCCGCUAUAUCCAAGAGUAAAGAAACAUCCACACCUGACCAGGAACCACCUCGUGCAAAGGAGCAGAAAACCGGCAACCAGAUGCUAACACGCCGUAGUAAACGCCUGCGAAAGACGCCAUCGCGUUUCUACUGA